AUGCCAACUCGUACACACAAAUUCCCCAGCUCACAGCCUCUCCGUCCUUUCGCUUCUAUCUCACAGCCUUUGAAAUCCAGUGUCUCGGCCAAGCCAGUAAAACUCAUUGAGCCACCGAAGAAUUUCAAGACAACCUUCGUCUUGAACUUGACACAGGAGGAAUUCAGUAGGCACGAUUGA